AUGGAGGCGGAACAAAUUCGAGACGGCGUAAAGUACAUGCAACAAGGCGAUAAAGCUUCAACUAAAGGCUUUUUUAGAAAGCCCGAUUGGGAUUUAGCGGCAAGCUAUUAUGACAAAGCUGCAACAUCAUUUAAAAUAGCACAUUCGUAUGAUCAAGCCGUUCAAGCUUACUAUAAAUCUUCUGAAGCCCUCUCCAAAGCCGAUGCCAUUCACUUGGCAGGAAAAGCAUUAGAAAGUGCUGCCUUUCUCCUAGCUCAAAAUUUAAACCAACCACAAAGAGCUGCUGAAGCUUAUCAGCGUGCUAGUGAUUAUUUCAUGACACAAGGAAGCAUCGAUCGUGCCGCGGAGCAACUCGAUAAAGCAGGAAGGGUGUUGGAGGCAAUAGAUGUUAACGCAUCAUUUAAUGUUUAUAGCAAAGCUUGUACUUUAUACGAACAGGAAGAUAGGGGACGAUUCGCUGUGGAAAUUUUCAAGAGAGCCAUAUCAUUGCUUAUAAGAAACAGAAAGUACGAUAGAGCUGUUGAAAUGUUAAAACGCCAAUCAGUCAUACUUCAAAAGUUCACCAGUCGAACUCAUCUCUAUAAAGCCAACCUCAGCAUACUCAUCUUAAUAUUUGCUAUUGGUGAUGACGUGGAAGCUGGUAAACAAUUUAAUACUAUGUGCAGCGAAGAAGCGGAGAUAGCAGAGCAAUUACUGAAGGCUUACGAUGAGAGAGAUCAAAGCCUAUUGGAAAAAACGGUUAGGUUACAGCACGUAACAUUCUUAGAUAAUGAAGUAGUGAAACUGGCAAGAAUGCUGACAGUUCCAGGAGAAACGUUAUCUUCAGCAGCUAAAAAGGGGUCAGCUACGUACAACAGUAAUGCUCAAGCAAAUUCUGCCUCUACAGGUGCAGAUAGUACAGCUCCAUAUGGUAGUCAACAUUCUGCAACAGGAAACGGAAACAUCAGCAGUUUUGACAAGUUAAAUAUCAAUAAUAAUGGUUAUGAUGAUGAGGAUGAAGAGGAUUUGCGAUAA